ACUAAGUUUUGGUUUGGCCCACAAAGGCAUUGGAAGAAGCCAGUCAACUAUGGCUUUAGCAGAUAAGAGACUUGAGAACCUGCAGAUCUACAAAGUUCUUCAGUGUGUUCGGAACAAAGACAAGAAGCAGAUAGAGAAGCUGACCAGGCUCGGAUAUCCUGAACUCAUCAAUUUCACAGACCCGGUCAAUGGAAACAGUGCUCUGCACUUAGCCUCAGUUUCCAAUGACAUCGACAUGGUCAGCUUUCUCCUGAGCCUUGGUGCUCACCCUGAUGUGCAAGACAAAAUGGGUUGUACUCCGACUAUGAGGGCUGCAGAACUGGGCCACGAAUUGUCCAUGGAAAUAUUAGCCAAAGCAAAAGCCGAUAUGACUAUUGUUGAUAACGAAGGAAAAGGUAUUUUGUUUUACUGCAUUUUACCUACUAAGCGGCAUUAUCGGUGCGCGCUGAUUGCCUUGGAACACGGUGCGGACGUCAACAACUGUACCUGUGAGGGAAAGCCGAUAUUCCUUAGAGCUUGUGAAGAAGCACAUGAUGUGAAGGAUGUGUGCCUGACGUUUUUGGAAAAAGGAGCCAAUCCAAAUGCUAUCAACACAUCCACAGGUCGCACGGCUUUAAUGGAAGCAUCAAGAGAGGGAGUGACAGAGCUAGUUCGAGGGAUAUUGGAAAGAGGAGCGGACGUGAAUGCAUUUGACAAUGACAGACAUCAUGCCGCACACUUUGCUGCCAAAGGAGGCUUUUUUGAUAUACUGAAGCUGCUUUUUGCGUACAACGGAGACAUGGGGCUGGUUGCAAUGAAUGGCAACACACCACUUCAUUAUGCUGCCAUGGGUGGUUUUGCAGAUUGCUGUAAAUAUAUAGCUCAGCGAGGAUGUGACCUAAAAUGGAAGAAUCUGGAGCAUAAAACACCGAGGAACUUGGCUAAGGAAGGCGGCUUCAAAGCAGCCAGCAAAGAAAUACGGCGGGCAGAGCAAAUCGCUAAUAAACUGGCCAGGCCAGGGGUCAAAAAUCCGAAUCCGCCCUUGUUCCUGAGACUUCACGAUUGGUCAGUAGAACAUGAGACUUUCCUUCGGGAAGCCUUCUCGUUUGUGGACAGGGGCGAUGGGACAGUCACCAAGGAGGACUUUGUGCUGACCCUGGAGGAGAGGCAAGAUUUUGUGAACUCAGAGCAGCUGGCUGCUAUAGCGCAACUUCACGAAAAAGUCCGGGGUGGAGGGGUCAAUAUUAAUGAGUUCUUUAAAGGGACCAGAUAUUUAAGUAAGUCUUAUGUUUUGGGAUCCUAUGGGCCUAAGAAAAAGAAAAAAGGGAUGGCCAAAAAAGCCAGAAUGGGCAAGUUUGUUUUACCCCUCCCCAUCUGUGUCAUCCCCGACCACGUGUUUCCACGCCGCAGCGACGGUGGGCCGCCCUAUUAUAUGAUCGAAACCUACAAGAAUGUGACUGAUUGCAACCGCUUUAACAGAGAUCACCCCCCAGAACAUCCCAUUCAGGAUGACUCUGCUUGGUAUAUUGAUGAUCCAGGGAAGGUCUUUUCAAACAUUAAUUUUAUCACCAAGGCAGGAGACCUGGCUUCUCUGAAAAAGGCUUUUGAAUCAGGAAUACCUGUGGAUAUGAAGGAUAAUUACUACAAGACACCGCUAAUGACUGCAUGUGCCACUGGAAAUAUCGAUGCAGUCAAGUUUCUUCUUGAAAAAGGAAUAUUAGAAAGUAUACACAGGUUUUUGACAUUGAUAGUUUUUUGGUUUUUUGCUCAUUUCCAGGAAACACUUUCAGCAAUGUACACUGUACCAGCCAUAGUGGAGGAAAAGAAGAUGCGUAAAGAUAAUGUAGUUCAUCUCAAUUCAUUGAUUACCAGUGGUUCUACCAAGAAAGUGGAUAUCACGUUUGUCCCACAGAGAACCUGGAGUCCCGAAGCCACGACAGCAGAGCUGAUCAGAAUGAGGGAACUGCGCCGGGAGAGGCUCACAUAUGAGGUCGAUUUUGAUGACUUCAUGAUGCCCUUUCAGAAGCACAUCACAGAGAGAGCACAAGCAAUGGAAGCUAGCUUCAAGACGUAUAGCACAGCGGCUGCAUCUCAGAAUAAACAACAUUUUGAGGCCCAGGGGCCAAAUGUUGGAGAAAGUAGCUUCCCAUCAAAGUCAAAGCAACUCACAAGUUAAGCACUGUAACAAAAUAUUUGUCUUUGCUUUAACAACUGUAAAUAUUCUUAGCUGUCUAGAGAAGUCAUGUUUUAUUUUGCAAUGAUUUGCAUGUCAUUCUGGAUAAAUUACUCAAUCUUCCUCAAGAAUGUAGUAGAAAAAUGGCAUUUUUGGUCAUAAACAUAGUGUAAUCAUCAAAGAAUUUACAAGAUGUACAUCAUUAUGUUUGUUAAAGAUAUUCUUUUAGUGGAACUGAAUGAAAGCUAUUUAAUAUUAGGGAAGAGAAGCCCUUUUUAAUACUUUAAGGAAGCAGUUUUCUUCUCACACAUCAUCAUAAAUGAUAUGCAUUAGAUACUUUGGGUCAAAUAAACACUGAUGCCUCCAGUA